CGGGAGAGCAACACAGAAGAACUGUCCGUUCUGUGGAUCAACUUUGACAGCCUCCCCGGGCUUUUGUUCUGUGUGUGGGAAAAACAUAACAUUUCUGAAAGAUGUGGCAAACAAACAACAUGAGGACAUGCCCACCACCAGUGCACAUCCUGGUGCACAACCAAGCACUUCUGCAGAUUUUUGUUGGAGUAAUGAAAAUGAAAGGCGACUCCCUGAAACCUGGGAGAGGGAAGUCACUUCCCCUUGAAAUUCAACCUCUGUGGUCAUCUGAACAACUGUUGGCUGUUGCUAUAAAGAAGCUGAAAGAUUUUAACCAGGACAUUGAAGAUGUUCCCCAUGUUUUGCUGUACCCCGAUGCUAAGGAGGUGACAAACAUCCCAGGAACAGACACCCCUUUUACAGUGGAGAAAUACAAGGAGGCAAUUGGAAAGGCCUACCAGAGAAUUACAUUGUACAUUUGCACUGCUGAAGACUUUGCAAACAGUUCAACUACACAAAUGUAUAUGCACCAAUCGUUAUUGACAGCGAGUCUGAGCCAGAAGAACACAUGGAACACACUGCAGAGGAAAGCAAAGAGGACUUGGCCGCUGCAGACAUUGUUUCAGAACUCUCAACAAAGAUCACAAAAACAUCUUACAGCAGGUUCAAUAUUAAUAGAGCCAAUGUGUGGGAUGGAGCUAUCCGUGGCUUCAAGCGUUCUUCAUUUGACCCGUCUCAUGAGAUAUUAGUGAAAUUCACAGAUGAUGAGGGGCAAGCUGAGGAUGGACUGGACACUGGUGGUCCCAAGCGUGAGUUCCUGACCCUCCUAAUGUACUACCUGAGAACGCGAAGAAUCUUUGAUGGCCCAGAGGACAGGAAAUUUCUCACGUUUGACAGUGCAGCUGCAAGAGAUGACGAAUACUUUCAUGCUGGGAGGAUGAUUGCAACUUCUAUAGUUCAUGGUGGUCCAGGUCCUCGGUUCUUGUCAGAGAUGCUCUACCAGCACCUCACAGGAAGAACAAACACUGACAUUGAGGCCAAGAUCGAAGAUAUAAAUGAUGACACCAUGAGAGCUUCCCUGCUUGAAAUAUCCAACACAGCUACACUGGAUGAACUACAUGCGUCAAUUAACAGACAUUCCAGCUUGUUGCAGACUGCAGGUUGCUUUCAGUACCCUGACAGAGUGGAUGACAAAAAGAACAUCAUAAAGGACUUCAUGCAGUGGUACUUCUUUUACCGCAACCACUUCUCAAUACAAAGAUUCAAGGAUGGGCUUUCAACACUGGAUGUCAUUCAUGCUUUGGAGCAGCAUGCAUCCAUAUUCAGGGCCUUUAUGUGCUCAAGUGAGGAACAGCUGUCAUCUGCAACACUGGAACAACACUUUGAGGUCCAGCUCAGUGAAAAAGGCAGCACAAGACGACAGGAAGAAACCAGAGCACUGGGAUUCUGGAGAGACUAUCUUCUUGAAACACAAGAAAAACAAACCGGACUCUCCCUCCAGGACAUCCUGAUGUUUGCCACAGGAUUAAACACACUGCCUCCUGCAGGAAUUCAGCCACGACCCAAACUGAUUUUUCAGAAGACGUCUCGCUUCCCAGUCAGCUGCUGACUGGGAAGCGAGACGUCUUCUGAUCGGUAUUUUGAUUGUGUUUGCACAGGUGCU